CUGGCGGCUACAGCAAGUGUUUUCAUCUCCCUAGUUGAAGAAGCCCUGCAAAAUCCUGCAAAACCCUACUUCGAUUUCUCUAUAUUUUUCUGGUGAUCAAAUGAAUCCGCACGAAGACGAGGAUUCCGAGCACGGAGAGGUCUUUUUGGACGAGGACGAUGUCGUUCAGGUCAUCCCCGUUGAUGAUGAAGAACUUCCAGAUCGGGAUGAUGAUUUGGAUUCGGAUGUUGAUCAUGAAGAAGCUGAUGAUUCCAUGCACACAUUUACAGGCCACUCAGAUGAGCUUUAUGCUGUCGCAUGCAGUCCUACAGAUGCAACUCUUGUUGCUACAGGAGGCAAAGAUGAUAAGGGUUUUUUGUGGAGGAUAGGUUCUGCGGACUUGAAUUUAGAACUACAAGGUCAUAAAGAUACAGUUUCUACAUUGGGAUUCAGUUAUGAUGGGAGGUACCUUGCAUCUGGAAGUUUUGAUGGGAUUAUUCAAAUUUGGGACACAUCUUUAGGCAAUCUCAAAUGUACACUUGAAGGGCCCCAAGGCAGUGUCGAGUGGAUCAAAUGGCACCCAAGAGGAUAUUUAAUUUUAGCAGGAUCUGAAGAUUCUAAUGUGUGGAUGUGGAAUGCUGAAAAAAAUGCUUAUCUCAAUAUGUUUUCUGGUCAUAGCAGCGCGGUGACGUGUGGUGAUUUCACCCCAGAUGGUAAAAGUAUUUGCACUGGUUCUGAUGAUCAGUCACUGAGGAUAUGGAACCCAAAAACUGGGCAGAGUAUCCAUGUUGUUAGAGGUCAUCCCUAUCAUACUGAUGGAUUGACGUGCAUGUCUAUAACAUCCGACUCUGCUUUUGCUAUUACUGGUGCAAAAGAUAGCUCAGUCCACAUGGUGAAUAUAACUACUGGAAAGGUGAUCAGCUCAUUGCUCGCUCACUCUGACUCUAUUGAGUGUAUUUCCCUUUCAUCAAGCUACCCUUGGGCUGCAACAGGAAGCAUCGAUCAGAAGCUCAUUAUUUGGGAUCUGCAACGGUCAUCCCCUCGCUGCACAUGCGAUCAUGAAGAAGGUGUAACAUGCCUGGUAUGGCUGGGAACAACUCAAUACAUCGCUACCGGCUGUGUGGACGGGAAGGUGCGAAUCUGGAACAGCCUUUCCGGGGAUUGUGCCCAGACUUUCAAUGGUCAUCUUGAUGUCGUCCAAGCCCUUGCAGUUUCAGCUGAUGGAAACUCCCUCGUCUCAGUUUCAAACGAUCAUACCGCCCGUGUGUUUGGAAUCUCUGAGUUUCGAUAGGUGGGAAACUGGUCAUCGGAGACGAGUGAAUAUGAGCUUGAGAAAACCAAUGGAAGAAAAGAUUUGAUGCAAUGUUAAUCGUUUAUCUGAAAUUUUCCCAAGAUAUAUACAUAGAAAUGUGCUUUGUGAUGCCACCAAUCUGUUAAUUAUUUUUAAUCAGCUUGUGUUUGUGAUUCAUUUGAGGUUUGUAGUUAUAAUUAUGUUUGGCCUUGUAUCUUGAUUUGUAUGUCAUUUAAUAUAUAUGAUUACUUGGGGUGGAAGCUUAACCAA